AUUAAUUAAUACGCAACUAAUUGACCAUUUUAGCCCCACUUCUGACAAAAUUAUUGAAAGAAAAAGCACAUUGAGCAAUCCCUAAAACCUUCUAAAUCUUUCAAAAGUUUAUUUAACUUUCACUCCAACAAAUAUUUAGAACAUUUUAUAAGAGAAAAUUCAGGAAAAUCUGAUCAGGAUGAUUUUCCACAUCUUCUUAUCUUCGAUUUCUAUCAGUGUAGCUUCUUUUCCAUGCGAUCUCCCUUCUCUCCGCGUUGCGUACUACAAAGAAUAAAAUCUUUAUGAGAAAAAAAUCUCCAGACCCUUUUGAAUUUAUCACUGUGAGAGAGCAGCUGAAAGCUGCGAUGAUGAAUCACAAACUGGAUAUUUCUGGAAUUUUUUUCUGGGCACAUUUGAAGGGCAAAAGACAUUGCCAAAUCCAGCUCUGGUGGACGGAAGGAGCUUGUGAAAUCACACCACGAAUGCAGCACAAGACUCAACCACAGUUCAGUGCUCGUACUCAGCUUUAGUGGACGUGAAGUUGCUUUUUAGUUGAUUAGGAAUUUUUUUUUUCUGUUGGAUUUAUGAAGACUGGAGGAACUUUCCGGCUGUAUGGGAAGGAUGGUGGAAGGAAUAUCCGACAUAGGAAUGUCUCAAUGAGAUCUGUGAAGUUUCUCAAGGACUUUGCAACGACGCUCAUUGAGGGCAGAUGGAGGUACACACUGACAAUCUUUGCCUUGAGCUUUGUGGGCACGUGGACGGGAUUUGCUCUGCUGUGGCAGCUAAUUGCCCAGGCUCAUGGAGAUUUGGAUUUUGAUCCGUUGACGGGGGAGCGAUUGGGUGAUGGGAGGGCAGCCUGCACGAAGGGAGCGUACGACUAUGCGGGAUUCCUCUUGCUGAGCAUUGAGACGCAAGGGACAACGGGGUAUGGGGAGAAGUACCCAACGGAGGAAUGCCCCGAAGGGAUCUUCCUGCUGAUGCUUCAACUCAUCUUGGGGACUAUCAUUGAGGGUGCCAUGGUGGGGGUGGUGUAUGCAAAGAUAACACGCCCUCCACGCCACACGGGGAGCUUUGUCUUCUCCCGGAAUUGUGUAAUCUGCCUCCGGGAUGGGGUUCUCUGUCUCCUCUUCAGGAUCUCAAAUUUUGCUGAACAUCAGGAAAUUAAUUCCCGCGUGGAAGUUUACAUGUGCCAAAAAACAGAGGAAGGAGAGAUUAAAGACACGAAGCUGGAGCUGGAGAAUGAUGGACAGAUCACGCUGUAUCUGCCACAGAUUGUCUGUCAUGCCAUCACAGAGGAUAGCCCCCUUUUUGGGUACUCUGCAGCACAACUAAUGAAGGCAGAUUUUGAGAUUCUCGUCACAUUGACGGGGAAUUCCAAGGCAACGGGGCAGACGAGUCAAUCCAGGACUUCCUUCCUGCCACGAGAGAUCCUCUGGGGCUAUCGCUUCGUCAAUAUCAUCCACUAUGAUCAAAAUCUCGAAGCCUACACCAUUGAUAGUCAGCAGUUUGAUGGAGUUUAUCGCGUCGAUACGCCCCUGUGUAGUGCCAGGAGGCUCCAGGAAGUAGCUGAGAUGUCUCAGAAGGUUGUCAGGAGGCGCAAAGUGAAAUCCGGAAGUCUCUGUUGCAGCAAAUACAGCCUACAGGUUGAUAUGCAAGUGGCUGAGAUUGCUCUGGACAACAGUACGAGGAUUGAGCCAAAGCAGGGAGUUUCUUCACAAUUUCAGGCUCAAUCUUGGGAUGGUUUCCUCGACAGUGAUUCCAAAAGUGCCGAUAACUGCUAUUUGUAGUCUUCCUGUUGCUGCUACUGCUGCUGUUGCGCAUCUGAAUGCAUUCCCUUUCCUGCUAAAAGAUCGUUAGAUCGUUGGAAAGAAUAAAGUUUAACUGAAAAACAUUUUUCGAAUUUAAUUUAAUAAAUAAAUUUUUG